AUGGCAUGCUUUGCCUUGCCGCUAAUGUACGGCAUUGUCAAAGGGUUAAUCUAUGACGACGCGGACAGGCACCCUCCACUUCGCUACCUACAACUACUCCAAAUUAAUAUAUCCAACCAAGACCAUCUAUUCGACCAAGACCAUCUCGGUGGCAACGUGAUUCUGGCUAUUACUCAGAACUGCUCUGCCCUCAAACAUUUCAAAUGCUAUAUCAUACCAUGUGAGGAAGCUGAAAAACAUCUCAGCAGUUUGCUGCAAACGCUUCCUCCUAACACAAUCGAAUCUUUUACGGUCAUACGAGGUGUUAUAAGUGGCCCACACGUACUAAAGGCUCUGGAUAGGCAUUCUGGCUCUCUGAAGCUCAUUCAGUUGACACAACUGGGAGCCAGAGCUCUGGGCGCAUUGAACGAGCUCCAAAAGUGCAAUGCACUAGAGAGUCUGUAUCUCGACGCGUUCGUUGGCCCAGACUUUGACUUUAUACGGUCAGAUACAGCAGUCUACGGUCAGUGUGUGGAAUGGCUGCAAAACUGCGGCCAAAUGACGCACCUCAGCUUGGGCUUUUUCCCUGGUGGCACGCAACUUCUCAAAGAUUCAUUGACAGGGCCAAAGCUCCGUCUUAAGUCUCUCACCCUGAUGUCAGUUGAGGCAAAUGCGCCCUGGUAUAGUGAGCUACAUCACCAAACGAAACUUGAGUACUUGAACGUUGAAGUCCCACAGCUAGAGUUUCAGGAACUUGGACCCGCCACUGGGAGAUGCCAGGGCCUUGCCGCAGGCAUAUCGCACUGUCCAGAGCUUAAAGAACUGGAGACGGAAGAGUAUCUCUCGGUCGCAGAUAUCAGCAUGAUCAGCGAAGGGGCUUUGAAGUUGGAAAAAAUCAGCUUCAGCGGGAGUCUGGUCCAUGAUGCGCACAUCAUGCCACUUGCAACCCUUCCGCGCCUUAAGGAAGUAUACGUCACAGGUGACUCGGCCUUCACAGCCUCGGGGAUCCUGAAAUUCUUCAAAAAGAUGGAAGAAACCCUCGACCAUGACCAUCAGGGGUUUGAAUUCGGCGCGGCGUUCCAGCAAGGCACUUCGAUUGGACAGAGAGAGUACAAACGCCUUCGUAAGGCAGCCAAGCGAGCCUUUGAUGGAGAUGUUGAUAUCCAGUUCAUUGACUCUGACGGAGAAGAUUACUAA